ACGACGUAUCGUGCAUCGAGAUUAGUUUUCUUGUACAAAUGGAAAUGAAAAGGGGCAGUCCUCUGCGACUGCAGCAGGUUUCUUCUUCCAUCUUCGUCGUCCUCCUCUGUCUCUGUUUCAUUUCAGUUUCUUCUAAUUUCUUUCCUUUUUGUUCUUUGUUUCACUGAUUCUUGCUCGUAAUCUUGCUUUUUGUGCAUGGAUGAUAUUGAUCAUGAUAUAGACGCAUAGCUUAUCUUCUUCAGAAGUGAAAAAAGUCAGAGAAAGGGGCUAUCGGCUUUCUUUAUUACUGCUACUACUUUUAUAGGAGUUGCGAAGGAAAGUGGAUUUUCAGAUAGGACAAUCAAGUUCUGGAUACUGAUAAUCAAAACACCUGUUUGUGCUAGGGCAUGAUUUGAAAGCUCAAUCGGUUGGUUGAGUAUUCUUGUCGAGAUGACGUGACUUCUUAUUCGGUGUUCUUUUAAUUCUCACGAAAUUUCGCGGUUGUAUUGCUUUGAUUUCGUCUUGAGUAGUUUAUAGUGUUUAUCAAUCGGAGAUUUGUAGCGGAAGUCAAAUAUGUUUUUCUGGACGUUGAAAUCGUUUUUGACUUGUUCUGGUUGAGCUGCCAGAACGAAUUUUCUUUGUUUGGCGAGGUUUCGUAACGGAGGAGUUUUGUUGUUUGGAGGUUAGGCUGGACAUGCGAGAAAUGAGAUUGGAAUAUUUAUUGAAAAGCAAACUGAAUACGGAAGGUUGUUUUCCUUGUUGUUAGUUUGUUUGCUUCUGGAAGCACGAAUUUCUUGGCUGUUGAUUGAUUUGAACUGUGGAAUCAAUUCGUUAAGAAAUGCAGGAGCCAAGUAUAGAUACCGAUAAGCUAAGUUAUGAAAUCUUCUCAAUUCUUGAGAGCAAUUUUCUCUUUGGCUACGAUGAUCAGAAGCUAUGGAUUCCUAAGCAGAUAUCUCCCGCUGUUGAUGGCAAACCAAUAUCCGAUGCUGCAACUCAAGAACACGCUCGACUAGAAGAAAGCUGUGGCGCUUCGUCGAUAAGAAACCAGAGAGGCAAGGUUUGCAUUCUGAGCAUCGAUGGCGGAGGUAUGGGAGGGAUUCUCUCAGGUAAGGCUCUGGCUUACCUCGAACAAGCGCUCAAAACGAAAUCGGGAAAUCCUGACGCCAGAAUCGCCGAUUAUUUCGAUGUUGCGGCGGGAGCCGGUGUAGGAGGCAUUUUCACUGCAAUGCUUUUCGCAACAAAAGACCAUAGUCGGCCGAUGUAUAAAGCAGAGGACACUUGGCGGUUCUUGGCAGAUCAAGGCCAGCGGUUCUACCGUUCGAAUUCCCGUUCCGGUGGAGGUUUGUUUGGGCGGUUGCUCAAAAUCAAUCGUGCAAAUUCCACCAGUUUAGCCACUGCCGCUCUAGAAAAAGCGAUGAAAGAGGCUUUCACCGAUAAGGAACGGAGUUUAACCCUAAAAGAUACUCUGAAACCAGUUCUGGUACCUUGCUACGACCUGUCAACAACAGCGCCAUUUUUGUUCUCGCGAGCCGAUGCCCUAGAAAAGGAUAGCUUCAACUUCCGGCUCUGGGAGGUUUGCAGAGCAACAUCGGCCGAACCGGCAAUAUUUGAACCGGUAACAUUGAGGUCUAUCGACAACCAAACCAAUUGCCUGGCCAUCGACGGCGGUUUGACAAUGAGCAAUCCGACGGCGGCCGCGAUCACGCACGUACUGCACAACAAACAAGAAUUUCCAUUCGUGCGAGGAGUCGAAGACCUUCUGGUUCUGUCCUUAGGAACCGGCCAGCCAUUUGAGGCCCGCCGCGAUUACCGUCAGGUCAAAAGGUGGAAGGAGAAGGAGUGGAUUCGGCCCAUGAAUCGAAUCUCCGGUGAGGCCUCGGCCGACAUGGUGGACCAGGCCGUCGCCACGGCCUUCGGUCAGUCCAGGAGCUCUAAUUACGUGAGGAUUCAGGCACUUGGAUCAAGCUUAGGCCAGGGUGAACCUAGCUCAAGUACUGAUUCCAAUGCUCGUAAUGUAAAGAUGCUGGUUGAAUUGGCAGAUGAGGUCCUUAAGCAGAAGAAUGUUGAAUCUGUUCUCUUUGGAGGAAAGCGAUUUGCAGAGCAAACCAACUCCGAGAAGCUCGACUGGUUUGCUGGAGAAUUAGUGCUUGAACAUCAGAGGCGGGGCUGCAGAAUUGCUCCCACUGUGGCUUUCAAGCAAGCUACCACCCAGGAAAGUGUCAAGGAGCGCUCAUAAUGAAGAAAAGAACGUGUUUUGGAAAUAGGAUGUCUAGGGGAGAAGAGGAGGAGGCCAGUAAGGAACUGAAAAGGACAAAAGACAUAUACAGUAUAAAAGAUUGGUAAUCUGUGUGGGAUACUCCUGCCCAACAGAGGACAGACAAUCUUUUCUUCUACACCCAAGUACAUUGGCAAGAAAAAGGGAUUCAAACACAAAGGGAGCACAUUUGAAUUCCUCUCCUUCAUUUUCAGGUAUCAAACAAAAAAGAAAAAAAAAAUGCAUGAAAUUUCAUCUGCUUUCAAAUUGAAGAAUUCAGUGUGGUAAAACUUAAGAACCUCAACACAUUGUUUAUAAGACUACCUUUCCUCUGAUUCUAUUUCUAUAGAUAACAAAGCCUUUGAUUGAAGGUCAUACCCACCAUGCUCAACCCAUAUCCUCAUUAGAAAAGGCCUACUUAAAGGAAUCCCAUCAAUAUGAUAAUCUUGAACCCACUUUUUGUUUUUAGGAAAAUUUUAAAAACUCUCCUUUAAUCAACCAUCUAACAACAAGUUUUGUUGCUUUCUUUUUUAUGAUAUUAUAAUUGUGAGUCGCCAAAGCUGACUUUGGCCAAUAUUCUAUGAGGAAUCUACUUUUGAGA